AUGAGCACCGAAUGUAAAUUUUGUGAAUGUAUUAAAGCCACCCCACAAAAGCGAAGACGAUUCAAAGAAUGUCCGAACCCCCUGGAAAAUUGGGAAAAAUGGUUGAGAGACAGGAGAGAGACUCAGGAGAUUCUGAAGAGGAAAACAGGGCGGUCUCAAGGUGAACUGCUGAUGAAUUUGGGCGAAGAGCUGAGGAAGAUACAGGAAGAAAAACUGAUUUUGACGUACAGUCAAAUCAACACGAAUUUCGAUCGAUUUAGAGGAAACCCAGAAUUUUGGAAAUUACCCGUGGGUCUUGCGAAUGAAUGCCCGAAUGUCCGUGAUCCCAUUUACUUCACAAUAAAGAGCAAAGAAGAGAAGAACGAGAUACCACAAGUAGAAUAUAUUGGCAUACCCAACAAGAUUCUAGAUGAAAAAAACGUACUACCUAGGACACGAAAUAUAUACAAUAAAUGGAAAAAUAGUGCUUACAGAAAUUCAUGCAUACAAAAAAUAUCAUCCAAAAUAAGCCUAAUUCAACCUCAUAGACCAGACAUCUCAGAACUGAUGGUGACAGGAAACAAACUAUCAAUCGAUGACCAAGAGCAUCCAGAUGAUGUCACCAAAACUUCAAUAUCAGAAUACAAUCAGUAUUCGAAAAAAAUUUCGUUCGAGGUGCAUCGAAUACCGAAAAUUUCAUUCAGCAUAAACGAAGUAGCCUUCUCAAACGACGAAAAUUUGACUAGUGGAAUGAAAACAAUCCGUUUGUUGUUCGAAAUGAAAGAAUUGCAAAACACCCCAGUGACUAAACAAGUGACAUUCGAGAACUGGGGCAUAAGAACGCUGAGGUUUUACUGGCACAAGUUCGAAAAAUUCCGGACGUUUCGAGAUAUAGUACCGAAUCGUCCUCAGGCAACUGCCUUCUAUUUCGACAAAACCGAAAUCCUUUUGGUGCCUGGCAGAAAAUUCCAGCUGCCGAUUUGGUUCAUGCCCGAACAAGAAGGCCAUUAUACCGAGUGUUGGGAGAUAACAACUUCCCCAAAAUUCUGGAACGAAGACUUUAAAUUUAUCGUUCGCUUGCAAGGGUUUGUCACUGAUGGGAAUUUCGAGGCGAGAUGUGGGGCUAUAAAGGAUAUGCUGGACACUAAAGUGAGGAACACUCUGAUCAAGGAUAUACUGAAUGAGAGUAUGGGUGGUUUGCGAUAUGCUGAGACCGGACCUGUCGUUUAUCAUUUUUCUGAGAAAGAAUUGUUCGAGAGUGCCAAUCAAGAGGUCAUAGGGGUUGCGAAAAAGCCGAAAUAUUUGUAUGACCAAGAUUUGGUCGGCGAGUUGAAAGAAAUAUACAAGAUUGUUAGGAAUACCAACGACUGUGGUGAAGAAUGGGACUAUUCCAUAGAGAAGCUAAAAGUUCUGGCACGUGAGAAAGAUGUCGUGGAAUAUGUAGAGAAAUUGACAGCAGAUUGUGCAAGGUCAAAAAAUAGACUGAGGGAGUUGUGCAGCCCUAUUGAACAAUCAGAGGCAGGUCAGAAAAUCGAAGAAGCAGUUGUGGAAAAUGAUGAGCCAAAUAUGAAACGAAAUAAUUUGAAAAGACUUCAAAUCCUGCUGCAAAAACUAGAAAGACCGGCUAUGAUUCCAAAUACAGAACGCGAAAAAUUCCUCCAUGCCUACUUCGUAAUGGGCACUUAUUUUUCCAAAAUGUGCGCUGCCCUUGACGCUCUCGAUGGUGGUAACGGUGAAAUUUUAAAAAAUUACCAGCCCUUCUACGAUUUUAGAAGUAUCUCCAGUAUAGAGGAUUUGCCUAGCAGGCUAGUUAUCGAGAAAUUUGAUGACAUUUGGGUCGAAAGGACAAAGAGAGCACCCCCUGAACCCCAAACUGGAUUCACAAUGACGCCCAAGCCAAGAAUUUUGGAAAACAUACCCCUAGAAGACACCACAACUGUAUUCAAUACCUACUUCAAAAAAACUCCUCAAAAAUCAGAGAACAAAGGGACAAAGUCUGUGCAGAAGCCAGCACCAAUCCUAGAGAAAAGCAAGUCCAAACAGCUGUCCAUUAUGAAAAUGUCCCAGACCCAGACCGUCCCGGAAGGUCCAAUCAGGGAAAACUUUGAUCCUUUCGCAGAUAUCGAGAAUGUAAGCCUAUACCCCACCAUUUUAAACGAAUCCAUUGCCAGCUCAUUACUAACAGGACCAAAGAUCGAGGAUAACCAUAGUAAGGAGCAAAAAACUGAGUAUGACUACCAAAAAUACCUGAUUGUCUACACUAGCCUGUGCUCAGCAGUGGACGCUAUGGUAGCUACAUUGGAAACGCUCAAAGAACUUGUGGUACCAGUAGAAACAUUCGCAGAAGUCAGCAGAACGCCAGCUAAAAUCAGAACAGAACCUCAAAAUAUCAACAGUUGUUCAUCGGAAGAGGACCCGUACUUUCGGUACCUCCUAGACACUCAUCUGACCAACAACCCAGCCACAAAGGAAUACUUCAUCCACGGUCGUACAGCGCCAUCUGUUGAGGAGUUAUCGGUGCGAGAAGAGCCGAGCGUUCACGAGGAGUUGCCGAAUCUGUUCAAGUCCCACGAGACGCUGGUCGUGGAACCAAUAGAGUCGCGAAGCACUCUCUUGUCACAGGGUGUACAGACUAGUUAUACUGGUAUGGACUCAGUGACGUCAGAGACUGUGCUCAAGGUCGAGUCAUUGGAAGGGAUCCAAUGUGGUGGACCAACAAAUAUUGAGGAAAGUGAGAAGACUAGUGAUAUUUUUUAUUUUAUGGAUAAGGAACGCGCAGAAGAAUGA